AUGCAACAAAUGGCGCUAUCUGCGUUCGUCACGACCCCCUCCUCGUCAUAUAGCAAUAACUUACCGGGGUUGACUGCCCGCCGGUCUCAAAGAUGGCACGCGAGACGCCUGCGCAGCAAGGUUCGAGCGCAGGCACAACAAGAGUUGCAGUAUAAGAAGCUUGGAGAUUCAGACCUUCUUAUCAGCGAGAUUACUCUUGGAACAAUGACUUUUGGGGAGCAAAACACAGAGAAGGAAGCACAUGAUAUGCUUUCUUAUUCUUUUGAUCAGGGCAUCAAUAUCCUGGACACUGCAGAAAUGUAUCCAGUUCCAACAAAGAAGGAAACUCAAGGGCGGACUGAUCUAUAUAUAGGCAGGUGGAUGCAAUCCAAGCCACGAGACAAGGUGAUUCUAGCCACCAAAGUUUCUGGUUAUUCAGAGCGAUCUACUUAUCUUCGGGAUAAUGCAGAGGUGGUACGUGUCGAUGCCGCCAAUAUCAAGGAAAGUGUUGAAAAGAGUCUUUCACGUUUAUCUACAGACUACAUUGAUUUGCUUCAGAUACACUGGCCCGAUAGGUAUGUGCCAAUAUUUGGCGAAUUCAGUUAUAAUUCAACCAAAUGGAGGCCAAGCGUUCCAUUUGAGGAUCAAUUGAAAGCUUUCCAGGAGCUAAUUGAUGAAGGAAAGGUACGCUAUAUCGGUGUUUCCAAUGAAAGCUCAUAUGGAGUAAUGGAGUUUGUACAGGCUGCCAAACUUCAAGGACUUCCAAAGAUUGUGAGCAUCCAGAACAGUUAUAGUCUAAUUGUGAGAUGCCGCUUUGAAGUUGAUCUUGUUGAGGUCUGCCACCCAAAUAACUGCAAUGUGGGGCUGCUUGCCUACUCCCCACUGGCGGGUGGCGUUCUCAGCGGAAAGUAUCUUGAUGCUAACUCUGCUGGUGCAAAGAGGAGCAGGCUGAAUCUCUUCCCGGGAUACAUGGAGCGCUACAACGCGUCUUUGGCUAAAGAAGCAACGGACGAGUAUGUCAAGCUUGCCAAGAAGCAUGGGCUAACACCGGUCCAGCUUGCCCUCGGCUUUGUGCGUGACCGCCCUUUCACAGCUAGCACCAUCAUAGGAGCGACCACCAUGGAUCAGCUAAAGGAGAACAUCGAUGCAUUUACCAGCGCUCCGCGGCCUCUGCCACCGCAAGUCCUCGAUGACAUUGAGAUUCUUUUCAAGAAAUACAAAGAUCCAGGAAAUUUCUAA